CCUUGGCUCUCGCAGUAGCUCAGGGUUGAUGGCCACGUCUAAGAGUUCCUUUCCUCUAUGGCCACAUCUUGGAUGACAAUUGAACUGCUGCUAUGGAAUCAAAUGAUGGUCUUCCUUUGUUUCUGGUGAUGUUUGCAUAAACUUUCGCCUUUCCCUAAGAUUUCAUGAGGAUAAAAGUCCAUUGAGACCCAAGCUGAAGAUUCAUGUGGAAGAUCUUUAUAAGAAUGGCCCAAUUUUUGUCACUCCAUUGGAGAAGAGCUGAAGCAAUUCUCUUUUGUUGAAAAUGAGCCGCCCGACGGAAGAGGAUGGUGUGAAGAAUGAGGAAGAAGAAUUUACAACUGGGCCUCUAUCUAUUUUGAUGUUGAGUGUCAAAAAUAACACUCAGGUGCUCAUUAACUGUCGGAACAACAGAAAGCUUCUUGGUCGCGUGCGUGCCUUUGACAGGCACUGCAAUAUGGUUCUGGAAAAUGUUAGAGAGAUGUGGACUGAGGUGCCCAAGACAGGGAAAGGCAAGAAAAAAGCUCUUCCAGUUAACAAGGACAGGUUCAUUAGUAAAAUGUUCCUUCGCGGGGAUUCUGUAAUCAUUGUUCUGCGUAAUCCCAAGUAAAUGUUUUGGAGUUCCAGCAUGUGAUAAGACACGAAUACCGAAUUAUGAUGUCAAUAUUAGGACGUGUGUGGAAUCUGUAGUGAGCUGAUUUAAAGUUGUGCUUUGGCAAAACUAACAAUAUGUACCGUCUUUUUGUUUGGCUUAUCUCUACUGACAAGGCAUAGCUCUACAUGUUUGGCUGUAACAUACAUACAUCUGUCUGAACAAUGGUUGAUUUUCUGGCCCUAAUCUUUUUAAUCGUUAGAUUAGCUUGUUUGAGAUGUUUA